GAAGAUUAUGGCAACGUGAGUGAGCAGCGGAACCGCCUGGCCGGACCCUCCCGUACCCCGGCGGAGCGGAGCAGUUAGCCGCGCGGUUGCCCCAGUUCGAGCGCUGUUCGUGGAGCGGAGCCUCCAGCCCUGCCCCAGCUCAAUAUUCUCUCCUUGGAGGCUCAUUUUUUUCUUUUUGACAAUAAAGAUGAAAAGAAAGUGGAUAUUGGAGGAUUUUAAUUUUAUCUUUUUUGGUGUGGUCUGUCUCCUUUUCAUAGAUGGAGGUAAACUAGAACAAGUAAAAGAUUCAGACACAUACUGUGUGUUUCAAGAUAAGAAGUACCGUGUAGGAGAAAGAUGGCAUCCUUAUCUAGAACCCUAUGGCCUUGUUUACUGCAUUAAUUGUCUUUGCUCAGAGAAUGGAAAUGUUUUGUGCAGCAGAAUAAGAUGCCCAAGUCUACACUGUGUUUCCCCUGUGCAUGUACCACAGCUGUGCUGCCCACGAUGCCCAGGAGACUCCCUUUUCUCAUUAAGCAGCAAAAUCACCGGGAAAUCCUGUGAAUACAAUGGCACCACCUACCACCAUGGUGAAAUGUUUGUGGCUGAGGGGCUUUUCCAAAACAGGCAAGCAAACCAGUGUGCCCAGUGUAGCUGCUCAGAAGGAAAUGUGUACUGUGGAUUGAAGACUUGUCCCAAAUUACCUUGCUCUUUCCCAGUUUCUGUUCCAGAGUCCUGCUGUCCAGUUUGCAGAGGAGAUGGGGAAUUAUCAUGGGAACAUUCUGAUGGAGACAUCUUCCGGCAGCCAGCCAACAGGGAAGCUAGACAUUCAUAUCAUCGCUUCCAUUAUGACCUGCCACCCAGCUCUGCCAGGCAGGUUGGCAACAUUCCACGAUUUCCCAAUGCCAGGAGUAACCGUGGAGUCCUACCAGAUCCCCAGCAGGCCUCAGGAACAAUAGUACAAAUCGUCAUCAACAACAAGCAUAAGCACGGACGAGUUUGUGUUUCAAAUGGCAAAACAUACUCACAUGGUGAAUCUUGGCAUCCCAAUCUCCGGGCCUUUGGAAUCGUAGAGUGCGUGUUGUGCACCUGCAACAUCACCAAACAAGAAUGUAAGAAAAUUCACUGUCCAGAACAAUAUCCCUGCAAAUACCCUCAGAAGUUAGAAGGAAAAUGCUGUAAAGUCUGUCCAGAAGGUGUGCCGAGUCAAACCUUUGACAAUAAAGAUUACUUCUGUGGGAAAGAGACAUUUCCUAUCUAUGAAUCCAUUUUCACAGAGGAAGGAGAAACCAUCAGGAAAAUUGCAAUAGAGAUUGAAAAGCCACCUCAAAUAGAAAUACAUGUAUGGACAAUUAGAAAAGGGAUUCUGCGUCACCUCUACGUUGAAAAAUUGCCCAAGAGAGAAUUUGAAGGACUUCCUUACUUCAAGCUGAUAACAAGGACAACCCUUAGCCAGUGGAAAAUAUUUAGCGAGGGAGAAGCUCAGAUCAGCCAAAUGUGUGAAAGCAGAGUGUGCAGGACUGAGCUGGAGAAUUUGAUAAAGGUUUUGUACCUUGAAAAGUCUGAAAAGGGUCACUGCUAAGGAAGACAGUAAUGGAAGGAAAAAUGCAAGAAAACUUGUAUCUGCAGCUGGACUGCAGGCUUAUUUUACUUAAGUCAACAGUUGCCCUAAACCCCAAAACUAUAAUGCAGUAAUUAUUCACAUCACACACAGCAAAUUUGCUGUUUUAUGUGUAGUGGUCUGUGUCAAUCAUUCAAAUAUCUCCUCCAAAAGACUAGAAGGCUCUGUAUUACUGGUGGGGGAAGGAGAAAGAAAGACUGUGCUUUUCUAGAGUUGCAUUUCUUUACAAGUUAAGAAGAGAAAACAGAGCAUUUUUACUAUUAGUAUUUGGCAAGUUUUCAAACUAACGAAAAAUAAGGAUACCUAAUAAAUGUGCAGGAGCUAUGGAGAGCAUUAUAUCCUGUCCUGAAUUGAUACAAUUUCUGGUUUUGAAAUGACUCAUGGAUUUCUUGUAGUAGUGGAGGAAAAAUACAAGUGAUACAAUACUGAUGUUGGAGACAUAAAAAUCAGAUUUAAACUAACGGACUCCUUAGCAGCCUGCCUUUGGGAUGAUGUCUUGUUGUUGAGCAAACUAAGUCCAUAAACUGAACAGCAGGUGUUAGUGGCAAUCACUAUAUUUUUGUAGCAAUUGGAGCAAAUGUUUGCUUUUAAGUGGUUUUCACUGUUUCCUCCACCCAUUUCUCUAAAAGUGUUAGCUCCCUAUCAUAACCCUAAUCAUUUCAUUCUUCUAGGCCCUAUUUACACAGG